UUAUUUUAAUUAUUUAAUGAAAGAACGUUUUAAAAAGAAAGACAAUUUCAAUAGUAAAAUGAUUCUUACUCAAUUGUUUUCACUACUAUGCACUUAUUAUAGUGGAUUGAUAGUUGUAUGCCUAUUUCUGGAUUUUGCUUUGGGAUUAUAAGUAAAGUAUUAAAUGAAUCAAUAAUCAUUAGUUUCAUUUAGGGUAAGUUUGGGACUUCGGAAUCUAUAGCUAUGAUACUUACUUCGGUGUCAAUCUAUUGAGUAAUAUAUUCAACAUCUUAGUGGUUGUGAGUGGAUUGGUAAAAAUGAAAUUUAUUUAACUUUUAGAUCUUUAUAGUAGUUAAAGGAAGCAAGGUCCUAGAUUUUGUAUUCUCCUUGUACUUAUGGCAUUUCCUUAUUUGUUGUAUUUUAAGCUCUUCUGAAUUCAAUAAAAUGUGGUUAAUAAUCAAUACGAUCCUAAGUAUUUUAACCAUAUUGUUGGGAGAAUAUCUUUGUGUUAGAUUUGAUUAAUAAGAUACUCUAAUUAUUGAUAGAUUAUUUAAAAACAAGAAAAAACCUGUUGCAGAACAUAAAAGAAAUGAUGAUAUAAUAAAAAUUAAUAUUCAGUGA